CUAAAGAAGUGGCUGACAUCUUCAACGCCCCCAGUGAUGAUGAAGAGUUUAUAGGUUUCCGAGAUGAUGUUCCCAUGGAAACCCUCUCAUCAGAGGAGAGCUGCGAUAGUUUCGACUCACUGGAGCCAGGGAAACAGCAGGAUGUGCGUUUCCAUUCCAAAUACUUCACGGAAGAGCUAAGAAGAAUUUUUAUAGAGGACACUGACUCAGAGACUGAAGAUUUUGAAGGAUUUACGCAGAGUGAUCUGAACAUUAAUAGUAACCCAGAAGUAAUGCUCGUGGAGUCAGAUUUGAGUGAUGAUGGCAAAGUGUCGCUGGUGAGCGAGGAAGAGGAGGAGGAGGAGGAAGAAAAGGCUACACAGAAGAGAAGCAGGCCUCGAGGAAGCAGCAUUGGUCUUCGAGUAGCCUUUCAAUUCCCCUCCAAGAAAUUGGCCAAAAAAUCAGAUAAAAACAGUUCUUCUGAGUCAUUGUUUUCUAGCUCACGCUUACAGGACAAUAAAAAAACAGUGCGUGGAAGCAAGAAAAGCCGCAGGCAGGGGAAGCAAAGGGAAGACUCUGCCUCCGAGUCUGAGGAUGACCCCAGGGAUGAGAGCCCGGAGGGUUCGGAUGCUCUGCUGAAAAGGACCAUGAACAUCAAGGAGAACAAAGCCAUGCUUGCUCAGUUGUUGGCAGAAUUGAACUCAAUGCCAGAUUUCUUCCCAGUACGAACCCCGACCUCAGCUUCUAAGAAGAAAACGGUGAGACGGGCCUUCUCAGAGGGACAGAUCACACGACGCAUGAACCCCACCCGGAGCGCGCGGCCUCCUGAGAAGUUUGCUCUAGAGAACUUCACUUUCUCAGCUGCCAAAUUUGCAGAAGAGUUUUACAGUUUCAAAAGAAGGAAAACAAUUAGUGGGGGGAAAUGCCAGGGUUAUAGACGACGUCACCGUAUAUCUUCUUUUCGGCCAGUGGAGGAUAUUACUGAAGAAGACUUAGAAAAUGUUGCCAUAACUGUUCGAGAUAAAGUCUAUGAUAAAGUUCUGGGUAACACGUGCCAUCAGUGUCGGCAGAAGACCAUCGACACCAAGACAGUGUGUCGGAACCAGAGCUGUGGCGGAGUGCGAGGACAGUUCUGUGGACCGUGCCUGCGGAAUCGCUAUGGGGAGGAUGUGAGAUCAGCCCUGCUGGACCCGGAUUGGGUAUGUCCUCCCUGCCGUGGGAUCUGCAACUGCAGCUACUGUCGGAGGCGGGAUGGCCGCUGUGCCACAGGCAUCCUCAUUCAUCUGGCCAAGUUUUAUGGUUAUGAUAAUGUUAAGGAAUAUCUGGAGAGCCUACAAAAGCAGCUGGUAGAAGAUAAUUAAGAGAAAAAAGAACCAACCAGCUCACUGUACAGUACUCCAACGAGACAUGCGUACUGUUUGUGUCUAAGAUUUCAUACAGUUGGGUUUUUAUGCAGAAAUUCUUUGCAGAGUUUAGUUUCUAAAUACUAUUUUUUUAAAAAAGAUGGUUUAUAUGCUUAAAAAGAUUUCUCAGGAAGACAGCAGAGGAAUCUGUAUGUGUACAUGUAUACACAGACCUGUUUGUAUAUUGAAUUGUUAAAAAUAUCUACUGAUUAAAAAAUACAAUUUAAAUGGGGCAUAGAUAAAGUUCAGGUAAGUUACAGAGAAGACAGACAUUAUAUAAGCAACUCUUUCCUUUGACACUGUUUAAUUAUCUCUGUUGCCUUUUUGCUUUUGCAAUCUUUUACUUACAAACAUACAGUAAUUGUAGGCCAAGUUUUUACAGGCGUUAAAUACCCUUUAGUUUGCUUUGUUAUGAGGGAC